UGGAAACCUUUUUCCCCUUCCUUUCUACUGUGGACCAACCAGUGAGAGAGAAAGUGAGGAGGGAGCGAGAAAGCGAAGGCUCACACGGGGAAAUAGCUGCACAGUCUGGCCCGGAGCACCCGGCGCACACACUCGAGCACCCUCCCACUAGCGCGCACACUCUCCCCUCCCCGGGUCCCGGCCCUGGGCCCGCGGGCGCGGAUCGGCCGUCGGCGCUCGGAGCCGAUCCCCCGCGCGCCGGUCCCCGCGCGCCCCCAGGCGCGCCUGGCUGAGGGCUCUCCUCCGCGUGCGCGAAAGGGGAUAUGCCAUUUGGACAUGUAAUUGUCGGCACGGGAUCUGAGACGUCCAAAAAAUGAAGCUGGCGACAGGACUGUGGGUCUGGGUGAGCCUUCUCGUGGCGGCGGGGACCGUCCAGCCCAGCGCUUCUCAGUCAGUGUGUGCAGGAACAGAGAAUAAGCUGAGCUCUCUCUCUGAUCUGGAGCAGCAGUAUCGAGCCUUGCGCAAAUACUAUGAGAACUGUGAGGUAGUCAUGGGCAACCUGGAGAUAACCAGCAUCGAGCACAACCGGGACCUCUCCUUUCUGCGGUCUAUUCGAGAAGUCACAGGCUACGUGUUAGUGGCUCUUAACCAGUUUCGUUACCUGCCUCUGGAGAACUUACGCAUUAUUCGUGGGACAAAACUUUAUGAGGAUCGAUACGCCUUGGCAAUAUUUUUAAACUACAGAAAAGAUGGAAACUUUGGACUUCAGGAACUUGGAUUGAAGAACUUGACAGAAAUCCUAAAUGGUGGAGUCUAUGUAGACCAGAACAAAUUCCUUUGUUACACAGACACAAUUCAUUGGCAAGACAUUGUUCGGAAUCCAUGGCCUUCCAACUUGACUCUGGUGUCAACAAAUGGUAGCUCAGGAUGUGGACGUUGCCAUAAGUCCUGUACUGGCCGAUGCUGGGGACCCACAGAGAAUCAUUGCCAGACUUUGACAAGGACAGUGUGUGCAGAACAAUGUGAUGGCAGGUGCUACGGACCCUACGUCAGUGACUGCUGUCAUCGAGAAUGUGCUGGGGGCUGCUCGGGACCCAAGGACACCGACUGCUUUGCCUGCAUGAAUUUCAAUGACAGUGGAGCAUGUGUUACUCAGUGUCCCCAAACUUUUGUCUACAAUCCAACCACCUUUCAGUUGGAGCAUAACUUCAAUGCAAAGUACACGUAUGGAGCAUUUUGUGUCAAGAAGUGCCCACGAUGCUCUAGAUGCAAUAAUUUGUCCUUUUUUGGGGAGGGAAUAUCCUGGAAUAUUCCAGAUCCCUGGACUCCCAAACAUUUCACCAAUCUAUCAGAUAACUUUGUGGUCGAUUCCAGUUCUUGUGUGCGUGCCUGUCCUAGUUCCAAGAUGGAAGUAGAAGAAAAUGGUAUUAAAAUGUGUAAACCUUGCACUGAUAUUUGCCCAAAAGCUUGCGAUGGCAUUGGCACGGGAUCACUGCUGUCAGCUCAGACUGUGGAUUCCAGUAACAUUGACAAAUUCAUAAACUGCACCAAAAUCAAUGGGAAUUUGAUCUUCCUUGUCACUGGUAUUCAUGGGGACCCUUACAAUGCAAUUGAAGCCAUAGACCCAGAGAAACUGAAUGUCUUUCGGACCGUCCGAGAGAUAACAGGUUUCUUGAACAUACAAUCAUGGCCCCCAAACAUGACCGACUUCAGUGUUUUUUCUAACCUGGUGACCAUUGGUGGAAGAGUACUCUAUAGUGGCCUCUCCUUGCUUAUCCUCAAGCAACAGGGCAUCACUUCUCUCCAAUUCCAGUCCCUGAAGGAAAUCAGUGCAGGAAACAUCUAUAUUACAGACAACAGCAACCUGUGCUAUUAUCACACCAUUAACUGGACAACGCUCUUCAGCACUAUCAACCAAAGAAUAGUGAUCCGGGACAACAGGAAAGCUGAAAACUGUACUGCUGAAGGAAUGGUAUGUAACCAUCUGUGCUCAAGCAAUGGCUGCUGGGGACCCGGGCCAGACCAGUGCCUGUCCUGCCGUCGCUUCAGCAGGGGGAGGACCUGCAUAGAGUCCUGUAACCUCUUUGAUGGCGAAUUUCGGGAGUUUGAGAAUGGCUCCAUCUGUGUGGAGUGUGACCCCCAGUGUGAGAAGAUGGAAGAUGGCAUCCUCACAUGCCAUGGACCGGGACCUGACAACUGUACCAAGUGCUCCCAUUUUAAGGAUGGCCCGAACUGUGUGGAAAAAUGUCCAGAUGGCCUGCAGGGUGCAAACAGUUUCAUCUUCAAGUAUGCUGAUCAGGAUCGGGAGUGCCACCCAUGCCAUCCAAACUGCACCCAAGGGUGCAUAGGCUCAAGUAUUGAAGACUGCAUCGGCCUGAUGGAUAGGUGUAGCGGUCCCACUAGUCAUGACUGCAUUUACUACCCUUGGACGGGCCAUUCCACUUUACCACAACAUGCUAGGACUCCUCUAAUUGCAGCGGGAGUUAUCGGCGGGCUCUUCAUCAUGGUCAUCAUGGCUCUAACAUUCGCAGUUUAUGUUAGAAGGAAGAGCAUCAAAAAGAAAAGAGCCUUGAGAAGGUUCCUGGAAACAGAGCUGGUAGAACCCUUAACUCCCAGUGGCACAGCCCCCAAUCAAGCUCAACUUCGCAUUUUGAAAGAAACUGAGCUCAAAAGAGUGAAAGUACUUGGCUCGGGUGCUUUUGGAACUGUUUAUAAAGGUAUUUGGGUCCCUGAAGGAGAAACAGUGAAGAUUCCUGUAGCUAUUAAGAUUCUUAAUGAAACAACUGGUCCCAAAGCCAAUGUGGAGUUUAUGGAUGAAGCUCUGAUCAUGGCAAGUAUGGACCAUCCACACUUAGUCCGGUUAUUGGGUGUCUGUCUGAGCCCAACUAUCCAGCUGGUUACACAGCUUAUGCCCCAUGGCUGCCUGUUGGAUUACGUCCAUGAACACAAGGAUAACAUUGGAUCACAGCUGUUACUUAACUGGUGUGUCCAGAUAGCGAAGGGAAUGAUGUACCUGGAAGAAAGGCGGCUCGUUCAUCGGGACUUGGCAGCCCGUAAUGUCUUAGUGAAAUCUCCAAACCAUGUGAAAAUCACAGAUUUUGGACUAGCCAGACUCUUGGAAGGAGACGAAAAAGAGUAUAACGCUGACGGAGGAAAGAUGCCAAUUAAGUGGAUGGCUCUGGAGUGUAUACACUAUAGGAAAUUCACCCACCAGAGUGAUGUUUGGAGCUAUGGAGUCACUAUUUGGGAACUGAUGACCUUUGGAGGAAAACCCUACGAUGGAAUUCCAACCCGAGAAAUCCCUGAUUUAUUAGAGAAAGGAGAACGUUUGCCCCAGCCUCCCAUCUGCACUAUUGAUGUCUACAUGGUCAUGGUCAAAUGUUGGAUGAUUGAUGCUGACAGUAGACCUAAAUUUAAAGAACUGGCCGCUGAAUUUUCGAGGAUGGCUCGAGACCCUCAGAGAUAUCUAGUUAUUCAGGGUGAUGAUCGUAUGAAACUUCCCAGUCCAAACGACAGCAAGUUCUUUCAGAAUCUCUUGGAUGAAGAGGAUUUAGAGGAUAUGAUGGAUGCUGAGGAAUACCUGGUCCCUCAGGCUUUCAACAUCCCACCUCCCAUCUAUACUUCCAGAGCAAGAAUUGACUCAAAUAGGAGUGACAUUGGACACAGCCCUCCUCCUGCCUACACCCCCAUGUCAGGAAACCAGUUUGUGUACCGAGACGGAGGUUUUGCCGCAGAACAAGGAGUGCCCGUGCCCUACAGAGCCACCACCAGCACCAUCCCAGAAGCUCCCGUUGCUCAGGGGGCUACCCCCGAGAUUUUCGAUGACUCCUGCUGUAACGGCACCCUGCGCAAGCCAGUGGCACCCCAUGUCCAAGAGGAUAGCAGCACCCAGAGGUACAGCGCCGACCCCACAGUGUUUGCCACAGAACGGAGCCCACGAGGAGAGCUGGAUGAGGAAGGUUACAUGACCCCUAUGCGAGACAAACCCAAACAAGAGUACCUGCACCCUGUGGAAGAGAACCCUUUUGUUUCUCGAAGAAAAAAUGGAGACCUUCAAGCUUUGGAUAAUCCUGAAUAUCACAGUGCUUCCAACGGUCCGCCCAAGGCAGAGGAUGAGUAUGUGAAUGAGCCACUGUACCUCAACACCUUUGCCAACGCCUUGGGGAAUGCCGAGUACCUGAAGAACAACGUACUGUCUGUGCCAGAGAAGGCCAAGAAGGCAUUCGACAACCCUGACUACUGGAACCACAGCCUGCCGCCUCGGAGCACCCUUCAGCACCCAGACUACCUGCAGGAGUACAGCACAAAAUAUUUUUAUAAACAAAAUGGACGGAUCCGGCCUAUUGUGGCAGAGAAUCCUGAAUACCUCUCUGAGUUCUCAUUGAAGCCAGGCACUGUGCUGCCUCCUCCACCCUACAGACACCGAAAUACUGUGGUGUAAGCUCAGCAGUGGUUUUAACGUGGAGAGACAUGCCCACUCCAAUUUUUCCUCCCGCCUCUCUUUCUCUUAUGGUCUUCCUUCUACACCCAAGGCCAGUAGUUUUGACACUUCCCAAUGGAAGCUCUAGAGAUGCAAUGAUAGUUACGUGCUUAUCUAACUUGAACAUUAGAAGGAAGGACAGAAAGAGAAAGACAGGAGGAACCACACUGUUUCUUCAUUUCUCUGCAUGGGUUGGUCAGGAGACUGGAACAGCUAGAGAAGGCAAAUAUAAGACAACGCUGCCUGCUGUCAAACUAGUUCUCAACCUUUUUCUUUCUCUCUUUUUUUUUAAUGCAGAUGCUUGAAAGACCCAUGCUAUCCGUUCCUAUUUGUAGGAACUGAUAUCUGCAUUUUCAGCAUCCCUGGAAAUUCUAAUAACGUUUCCAUUAGAACAAAAGGAUAACCUUUUCUAUAACAUAUGAUAGUAACUGAGAUGGAGAAUCCAAUUUCUUUCUCCAACAGUUUCUAUCCUGACAGGCAAGAAUGGUCAAUUCAGCUUUCGUAAUUUUUUAAUCUCCGUCAAAGUUAUAACUAGCAAUUAUGUUAGGAGGCCUUUUUCUGUUUUUUUUUUUCAUUUUAUUUUGCUUCGAUCUGUCUCUUCAUAUUCCUUUCUCCCCUAUGUUUCGCUUUAAUUUCUAAUUGCAAAGAUUUUUACAUCAAAGCUUCUUAUGUGUUGCUAUAACUGACAAUUUUUUAAAAUAUAUAUUUUAAUAUGGCAAAACACCCACUAUUUUAAAUAUACAGUCUUUAAAAUUGGAAGGGGAGGUCAAGAUAUUAGUCAAAUGUAACAUCAAAUCUAACUUCCACGUUUCACACUAUUGAAUAUGUACCCCCUUUCCUUUCGAUUCUUCAACAUUUUCUUCUCCUCCAUAAGUGACAGUACUUGAUAGGCAGUUGGUAAUGUUAAGAGUAGAAGGGAAACUAAGAGACAGCUCUGUGUGGUUCAUGAAAACUGCUGACACUUUCAGGGGUGGUCCAAUGGGAAUCCAUUGAACUGGAAGAAACACUGGAUUGGGUACGUCUACCUGGCAGAUACUCAAAAAUGUAGUUUGCACUUAAGCUAUAAUUUUAUUUGUUCUCUCUCCGAACUCCAUUUUGGAUUUUGAAUGAAGCAAUAUGGAAGUAACCAGCAAAAUAACUAAUUUAAGUACAUUUUUUAAGAAAAGCUAAGACAAAGACAGACUGUGGAAAUGCCAGACCACGCAAAUGAGGACUUUAGAACAGUAUCCAGGGGUUGUGGUGAGGGGGCCAGCACAUUAUCUACUUGUGAUAUCACAUUUGCUACGCAAGGAAAGUUGUCCAGUUUGUACACUGCAUAUGAAGGAAUGCAAGUAAGGAUUGGCUUGAAUUCCAUGGAAUUUCCCGUGUGAGACUCUAUUUAUAUUAAGUGGAAAGUUACUCUUUGCACAUAAAUUGGUAUAAUAAAAAGAAAUACAUAAACACUCACAGUGUAUAGAUAGGUCCUUGGGUCAAAAGUUGUAAAUAAACGUGAAAAAUCUUCUCAUGUAAUUAUUUUAAUAUCCAACAUACUAAUCUUUUGAUACUUUAUAUAAUAACUUUUUCUUCAAACAUAACAUCCUAGUUCUAGAAUCAUCUUUAUUACAUGUGAUUUUAAAAGAAUACCUACUAAGUUAAGAUGAGCCAAUGUGAACAAAUGGUAGGAGUCUCCAGGAAAAGGGGGCCUCGGGUCAGUAAUUAGGAAAAUUGGAUAUGUCUCUUUUCUAGGAAAGGCUGCCCCAAGUCAUCUGGAUUUUUUAAAAAUAUUUCUUUCUAAUGUUAAAGUAUUGGGAUCAAAUUCAAGUCUAUCGCCUAAAAGAAAGCAAUUAGACUAAAAACCUCCAUUGGCAAAGCAGAGAGUUUAGAGGGAAAAAAAAGGCAAAGAAAUCUAGGUUUCUGCCUAUUUUGAAAAAGUAAAUCAGUUCAUCCGUUCAGCUCCCUUAUUUCUCCAAAAGGUAUUUAUUUGAAGUCUACUGAAAGCACUGGGUUAUGUGCGAACACCCAGAUAAAUGCAAUGUUAUCCCUGACUUAACAUUUUACCGUCUAGAUUUAUUUGGAAUGACAUUCAAAUUUCUCCAUAAGUACAAGGAAUAAGAUUGUGUGGACUAUUUUAUGAGCAGUCCUCAUAAAAUCAGCCGUUUGUUAAAAGAUCUCCUGUGAAUGCAUUUGGGACAUGAAUUAAACAUCUUACAAGUUACUGAAGUUGACAAAUAAGAUAGUUUCAAUGUUAUCAUCCAAACACAAACUGGUCUGGACGGAGCUUACAUCACUGGCUAAUUGCCUAUCUGUAUUCCAACUUGACCAUUAAAUCAACAGCAGAUGUUGGUCUUUGGCUAAGAAUCUUGGAGGCGAUUGUUUUCUUACUAAAUUACGAGAAGUGAGGUAAGCUAAAAGAGUGAGGUAGAGCGAGGGAGGGGUCUGCAAGAUCACUUCCAGUGAAGUUCAACCACAAACUCUAGGACUGAAGGCACAGAAUGAUGCGGGGGCCACAGUCUAACAGCUCAGAGCUCUCUCACCCAUUCAGAGGAGUCUCGAGGAAAAGGUGACCUUACAUCAGUACUUCUGAAAAUUUGGAUAUAAGCCUUCUUUCUAGAUCAAUCUAUACCAACUUAUCACUGACAGCACCUUCGUUGGAUACUGGAACUUGACUUUGUCUUCUGAUUUACAAAAUUUAUAUGGUUUCUACUGGGAUAGGGAAAGUGGAAUCACUUAUUUUGGAGAAGGAAAAGAAGUAAAUUUUUUAGUGUUACGGUAGAAGAAAUGUAUUCAGUGAAUGUAGCCUCGUUCAUCUGACAACACAAGACCCUUACACA